GCUGCCACAGCCCCUGUGAAAGUUCACACUACGUUUUCUAUAGAUAAAAGCAUUGAGAUUAAGCAAUGGAGCUCUGAAUAGCUUUGUCUCUCCAGCACCAACAACCUUGUGUAAAUCAUUUCCAAUCAGCAGGAAUACCAGCAAUACAAAUUGGACCUGAUCACUGAGUUGGAGGCAGAACAACUGUUGAUGCUGGAUCUUCAGGGAGCUGAAGAGGGGAUUGCCCCCAAACACCUGUCUAGAUAGGGAGAUUUGAACUGAACCAAAGGAUGAACACCAAUCAGGCUGUUUCUGAAGAACUAGAGUUUUCAGGGUCAGCAAUGGAGAGUCUCAGAGGGAACACUGCCCAGGGUUCUACAAAUGAAGAAGCCUGUAAAAGUGAGGGCCAGUUAUCAAGGCAGACAAAGUGUUCUGCACAGAAGAAAUCCUCUUUUGAGAAAACAGCAAUCAGAAAAGUGUCAAUGAUGCUCAAGGAAAUUUUCACUGGGGAGGGAGGCCCUGAAUCCAGUGAAUUUAGUCUAAACUCAAACAUUCAUACACAACAGAUUCCAAAGGGAAAUAGAUCCCCCAUAUCUGGGAAAAACUCUAAAGAUAAUUCAGACAUAAUUAAACACCAAAAAAUCUUCCCACACAAGAAACCUUAUAAAUGCAAUGGAUGUGGGAAAGUCUUUAGUUACCAAUCAGACCUUCUUGUACACAGUAGAAUUCAUGGUGUAGAAAAACCUUUUGAAUGCAAUGAAUGUGGGAAAACUUUCAGCCGAAGUACACAUCUUAUUGAACAUCAAAGAACUCACACCGGAGAGAAACCUUAUGAAUGCAGUGAAUGCAGAAAAGCUUUUAGCCGGAGUGCACAUCUUAGUCUACAUCAGAGGAUCCAUACUGGAGAAAAACCAUAUGAAUGUAGUGAAUGUGGAAAAGCCUUUAGCCGAAGCACUAACCUUAGUCAACAUCAGCGAACUCAUACUCAAGAAAAGCCUUACAAAUGUAAUGAAUGUGGGAAAGCCUUCAGUGACCGUUCAACCAUAAUUCAGCAUCAACGUAUACACACUGGAGAGAACCCCUAUGAAUGCAGUAAAUGUGGCAAAGCUUUCAGUUGGAUUUCGUCUCUUAUUGAACAUCAAAGGACACACACUGGGGAGAAUCCCUAUGAGUGCAAUGACUGUGGGAAAGUGUUCAGUCGAAGCUCAUCCCUUACUGAACAUCAGAGAAUCCAUACUGGAGAAAAGCCCUAUGAAUGUCAAGAAUGUGGAAAGGGCUUCAGUCGGAGCUCAUCCCUUAUGAUUCACCAGAGAACUCAUACAGGGGAGAAGCCUUACAAAUGUAAUGACUGUGGAAAAGCCUUCAGUCAGAGUUCAACACUCAUCAGACAUCAGCAACUUCACACUAAAGAGUGAUAUCCACAUUUUUAUUAGUGUUAGCUCAAGAGCACAUGCG